AUGGCCACUAGUAUUUUCCAGACUUAAAGUAAUAGAUAUUGCUCAUUAAGUCUGAAUGCCCCAUAAUAAAUGUUCGGCUUGUAAUUUAAGUAUUGACUUAGAUGCCAAUUUCUGGUGAUGCUUAUUUGGAACGACAUAAACAAUGUUUCAAUGUUAUGCUUCCUUAUUUUAGUAUAGUAAUUGUGGACUUAAAAAUAGUAUCCAAGUGAAGUAAUAUAUAUAGAAGAUACUCAUAUUUUGGAAUUUUAUAACUUGGACAGGCUCAUCCUACCCCAAUUGAAGUUGUUUUUUCACUAAAUACCAUAUUAUAAUAGGGACUCUAAACACACUUUAGUUUGCUCUCGGUUUGAAUUUUCCAGUAGAGUAAAUGCCUAUUUGUUACGCUAUGAAUUAAUUUUGAACAUUUGA